CCUACCUAGGUACCUUUGUUGUUUGUACUACGACUACUAUCUACGUUUUCAUUCGUCUGUUUUUUUGUUUAUGAAUUCGCGAAACGGAUUAAUAAAUAACUAAACAUAUUUCUUUGCAGUUCAUUAUGUUAUCUAAUUUUGACAAACUUUGCGGCGAAUUAGAAAAACAGGAAUUGGAGGCUCCCAAUGGUAUUGCUUCACCGUCAACUUAUGCCCAGCUUUUAGCUAUUUAUCUGUAUCAAAAUGACCUAUGUAAUGCAAAGUUUUUGUGGAAAAGGAUACCACCAAACAUCACCGGUAGCAACCCUGAAAUAGCUGCUAUCUGGGCAGUUGGUCAGAAAUUAUGGAAAAAAGACUUAGCAGGAACAUACCAAGCUCUUACUGCAUACACCUGGACAGAACCUGUGGCAAACAUUAUAAGGGCACUAGAAGAGAAAAUCAGAGAUCGUGCCUUCAAUCUAAUCGGUCAAUCAUACAGCUCCAUAUCAAUAGACACAGUCAUAUUGAUGACUGGUUUGACUAAGGAAGCAGUAUUGCAUGCGUGCCGAGAUCGCAAAUGGGUGGUAGGCGACGAUGGCUUCACUGUAAAUCCAACACCACCAAUGCAGCCUGCUCCUCUACACACAUCAAGUGAAGACCAACUCUUCAAACUGACUGAAUUUGUUUCCUUCUUAGAGAAUUAAGUAAAUAAUUCCAGGUACGAUGCACCAGAACUCCUGCGGAUGCAAGCACGCCGCUAUGAAGAAAGAACUGGAGAGGGCUAUUAGGAAAAUGGCGGACGGAGAGCCGAUGCCGUCCUCGCCCAGCUGCAGCGCCGUGCCCACGAUCACGGCCAUCAUUAUCAUCGCGUAUGCUGUCGAUAAUAUUUGUGCCACCAGUAACUGGAAUAUAAUAAUUAAUUUUUA